CAGAAAGGGAAGACCGUUGUACUUACUAUACACCAACCGUCGACCGAGUUAUUUGAGUUGUUCGACAAGAUUCUGCUGAUGGCGGAAGGUCGAGUGGCAUUUUUAGGUACACCUGGAGAGGCGGUGGACUUUUUCUCAUACAUUGGCGCUCAGUGUCCGACCAAUUACAACCCUGCAGACUUUUAUGUACAACUUUUAGCCGUAGUACCAGGCCGAGAAGUUGAGUCACGUGAACGUAUAGCCAAAAUUUGUGACAACUUCGCUGUGGGAAAAGUCUCGCGCGAGAUGGAGGAAAGUUUUCAGAAACUAAAAAGGUCCAAUGGCUUAUCCAGGGAAGACGAGAAUGGGUUUACGUACAAAACCUCUUGGUUCUUGCAAUUUGGUGCGGUACUUUGGCGCUCCUGGCUGUCGGUGUUGAAAGAGCC